AGCCAGUUUUGGUUCACGCUCAGGCCGCGGGUUCGCCACUCCCUCAAUCGAUCGUUUUGCCAGCCUGGAUGAGCCGACGUACAUUUGUGCCUGUAGGUUUGGGCCAAAUGAAGAGGUGCAUCAGCCUGGCUUUCCUAUCCUUUCUGAGUGUUAGGCUCGUGUGCCCAUUCGCUUUUGGUUUAGUCCCGUCAGCUCGACUUUCUGACGUAAGAGGUGGGUGUGCGUCACGAUCGUCGUUCGAACAGUGGUUAGAGGGUAUGCGAGAAUCAUUUGCGAAGGUUGCAGGUUGGGAGGCGCCGCUGUCGCCUGCACAGGAUAACCUCCCUUGCAGCACAGACGUGGGUCUGGGACUCCUGCGCCAGAUGGAAGAAAGCGAUGACGACUCCUUCAUGGUCGCACUUCAGUCGACACUGCUCAGCUUGCGCAGCACACCGGAAGCGCCAGUGAUCGCCGCGUUGGAUGACACCGCCCUGCUCAAGCAGCGGAUUGAAGGCGUCGUCAGGAAGGAGCGGCAGCAACAGAUUUUGGCAGACCUUCUACACAUUGGGACAGUCUACCGCCUGCGCAGUGAAGGCCUCGUCCUUGCCUCUGGACCUGUCGGCCAGGAGCCUGGUAUUGAUCAGGCUGCUUUUCAUAAUUCCUUGCAGAUAUUGCCGGCUGCAGUUGCUAUGGAAGUGCGGGGCUACGUCUUGGCCACCGUGCCGGCGCUGGGUGCGGCCACGCGGCUGCAAGUGACCAGGGCCAAUUUGGCGCCACUGCUCAUGGGUGCAGGGCUCUACGGCUAUUUCUUGGCAGGCGCCGCCCAAAGCAGCAGUGAUGCAGAGGUCGCUCGGCUGGCACAGUCUGACUGGGAUUCCCCGGCGGCCUUUGCGGUGAUGUCGGCUCGGGUUGGAAGCUUGCUCGAGCUCCCCGCGGAAAGCGAAGACCCUCUGCAGCGGUAUGCCUCGUUGAGUGCGGUGACCACGGAGGUGCAGUCUCUGCCAGGCGGCGAGGCAGGCCUGCCUACUUCGGACCUUGGGCGGCUUGAGGGGGGAUGCCUGCAACUGUGCGCGGAGGGGCUGCGCAGACUCAUGGGCGAGCUGUGCGCAUUUGGUUUUACCAUGCGCCUCUGGGAGCAGAAGAUCACGAAGUUUACAAGUCCAGGGUAGCCUAUCGCUGUGUGCGAGGGUCAUCUCGUUGAGGGCAGCGUAAACAAAUGUGUAUUGAGCGAUUUUUGCCGCUGGGGGGCAUCCUGGGGUGUCUCCGCGGCCACCUCGAGCUGUCUCGUUGUGGUCCCAG